AUGUCAGCAAUCGAGAAGAGAACAAGCUCGAAAGAGGAGGCGGGGGACAACAAUGUCAACCGACGACACUCCAAGGGCGAGCUCAAGUGGCGAAAUAGAUCAUGGACCGUUGUUUUCAUUGCGGUCUUUGUGAGCUACUUGAUACUAGCUAUCUGGGUCAUUUUUCAAGUACACAAGAAUGCGGACAUCUAUCUGGAUAUCGAUGACGCAAAGCUACCCUCGUUUCUGAAGAAUUUCCGAGUCGAGAAGAGACAGAAUUCGGAGGCAGGUGGCCUCGCGGUGGAACAGCCCCCUCCUGUGGAUCUGAACGUCGCGCGCAUCCUCGCUGGCGCUUCCCUACUUGGCCUUUCUUGCUCACUAUUACUUCUUGCGUUCACCAUUUUCUUCCCUUUAGCGCUUGUCUGGAGCGGUCAUGUCUUGAUGAUUGCUUCGACACUUCUUGGAGGCGGCUGUAAGUCACGCUAUCAUCUGGAUCUCGCCUCAGCUCAUCAUCCAGCGGCUUUGAUGCGCGGACAGGUCCAAGGUGCUGCAAUAGCCUUCACCGUAGCCAUUCUUCUCAUUCUCUCUUGUUGCCUCAAGUCUCUUCGAGACAUGAUGCGCCGCGCCGCAGUGAUGAUACGGGCUAUCAGUGGCAUCGGCUGGGCUAACCCAAGCGUAUAUGUCCUUUCUGUAGCUGGAUGCGACGCAGCCGGAGGAUGCGGCUGGGCCAAAGCGAUCUUCGCUAUUAUCUAUAUUCUUUUCGCUCAGAACUGGAUCGGCGGAACCAUAGCGAAUAUCAUCACUGCGACCCUGGCCGGCGGACCAUACAGUGCUUGGUUCCAAGACCCCAAAUGGAAUCCUCUGGACAGAUUCAAGCCUACCGUCACCGCCGCGCUAUGGGCGAGCUUGACGAUUUCUUUAGGAUCUCUGGCGUUCAAUGCAAUGAUCACUGACCUCAUCAAUCUAGCAGUCUGGAUAUUGGAGAAUAUCAUCGGCGCGACAACUCUGGCUGAGAAGUUCAACCGAUAUGUUUGCAUCGUAAUUGGAGUGAAUGACUUCCAGCUCAGCUACUCCGAGGCUGCCAAACGCACUUACGCAUUCGCCAAGAAAGGCGCAAUCGUACCACAGAAACACCUUGAAAAGCUGCAGAGCAUAGGUAACUGGAGCGAGAAUUUCGGAGGACGGCAAGCCAAGAAGAUGGGUCCUAUAGCUGCAAGGCUUAACGACGACAAGCAAAACAGACUGUCCACAAAUCAUUUCAAAAAUGGGCUGGGAGCUCUCAUCAAUGAUGCUCUUGUCGCGAACGCUUUAGGUUUCGGAUCUUUGGCAUGCGGUGUGGUGGCAGUGAUAGCGACCUAUUUGUACAUGCAGAAUGGUGGGAAUGGCGUCACCAGGGCAUUUGUCGUGUACGCCUUUUUCAUGGCGUUUGCCAUUGCGAGCAUACUCAGCAAAGCGAUUGAAGCAGGCGUUUCCACGCUCUAUGUCUGUAUUUACGGUCCGCCCGGAGAAGUCAACUCUUACGGUCAAUCUCAAAUGCCCGUCAGAGAUAUCCUUAUGGAGAACUGCUCCGAACUUUACGACUUGAUGAUGGAGCGGUACCCAAAGGUCUUCGACGGCGCUUAUCGCGAAGGAGAGAAGAAGGUACCUUUGGACGAGCGAGCUCCCUUGAAGCCUGGAGACAGUUGA